AUGUACUCAGCAAGUCGUUCACAUCGAGCGGAGACGAGAAAUCGUACCAAAGAUGAAUUACGGAAAGUUAUCAGUUCCAUAGAAAAAGUCAGAAAAUGGGAGAAGAAAUGGGUUCUCAUCAAGGACACCUCCAUAAAAAUUCAGAAAUGGGUUCCUGGUAUGUUGUUAUCAUUUAUAAUCAAUCACUGA